AUGAAUGCUCGACUCUUGGAGAUACUGGAAAAACAGAAUCAGAAUAAGAAUGACGAUGAAGGGAAGUUUUAUAAGCGGUUGGCUGCUCAUAAGCCACGCACCUAUGACGGUGAAUCUGAUCCCGUCAAGUUCGAGGAUUGGAUUACAUAUAUGAGCAAAUUACUGGAUGUAGUCAGUUGCCCUGAAGCUUUGAAGGUGAAGAUGGCUACUUUUUAUUUGGAAGGUCCAGCUGACAUUUGGUGGAAUACCACCAAGGGAAUAGCUCAGAAAUCAGAAGUUACUUGGACAGAGUUUGUUGAGAAAAUGAAGAAUAAAUUCUUUCCUCCAGUAUUGCGGAGGAUGAAGGAAAAUGAAUUUUUAUUUCUGAAGCAAGCGAACAUGUCUGUAUUGGAGUAUGCAGCAAAAUUUCUUGAAUUGUCUCGAUUUGCACCUGACUUCGUGAGUAAUGAAAGGGUGAAAUGA